UUUCUAUCGGCGACAGUCGAAGUACAAAUACUUAACGUUUAUAAAAGCAACGACAAGAAUGUCGUUUCCAGCUCGUGUUCUAUUUGCAAUUUUACAUUGCAAUCUUACGUAAAAUCACCUUUCGUUAUCACACUCGAUAUCAGUGUUAUUUUCCUCAACGAACUCAGCGCAUAUUUUUACUCACUACAAUUUCGAGUAUUUUUCUACGUCGAUAAAUAAAUAUACGUAUAUGUAUACGCAAUAAUCCUUGGUUGCAUUAAAAAAUUUUGGAUUACAUACCCGAUUGGUCACCAAAAUUAAUGAUUCAAGAAAUAAUAUACUUAAAAAUGAUAGGAGUCGUCACAGUCAUAAUUACAUAAUUUUAUUAUAAUUUCAAUAUCGAUCUUUCAAUAUCCACAACUCAUAAAAGUCGUCAAAGUCAUUAAAACUCAGCGCCAACGAUUUCACGUGUGAAAGCCGAUCGCUCGAUUAAUUUUACAUAAAUGAUUUUCCUAGACUAACGUAUUUCCUGUAACACCACUUUCUCGGCAUUUUUCACACGAUUUGUUCUCGCUAUUUAGGUAUAAGUAUUUUUUUGAAACGUUUCGUGUAAUCUCUGUCCAAUAUAAGUACGUAUACUUUUCGAAAUCAUGUUACAUAUGUCAAUAAUUAUCGCGUUUCCUAUAUUGCCACCGUUCACUUUUUCGAUAUCAACAAUGUCACAAGAUUGCCUGAUGAUUUCCGUUACCGUUACUACCGCGUAUUUAAAUCAUGUUUCGCACGUCAAUUUAAUAGAAAAAUGGCAAAAAAUAUAAGGCUUGAAAAAUAUAUUGCUAUAUUUUUCAAGAAAUGCGACUAUGAUCACGGUUCAUCGUGCAAUUAAAUGCACUUAAAAUUUUACAAAAAGUCUAUUUGUAUACGAUUUUGUAAAACUACCUGCAUAUAGAAAUACUCCAGUAAUCACCAGAAUUUCAAUUCUUUCUAUUGUCACGAUUGAUUCUUAUCGCAAAAUGCGCGUACUGUGUCUUCAACGAUAACGAAAACGCUUAAUUAGCAUGAAACAGCGUUAUAAUUCAUUUAUUCUGCUUAUUUAUUCUGCCAAAGUAAAUAUCGAUAAGGGUUUUAAAAAUAGAUAUACAUAUGUCAAUGGAUAUAUUUUGUCUAAUAACUUGAAUGUGCCAUACAUUUCUUUUCUUAACAUUAUAUUUAGGUAGUCCUAUCUCUAUUAACAAUAAUUAAUUGUUAUUUUAUUAUAAUUUUUUUUAUUUACAAUAUUUCAAAUAAAUAUAGAUAUAUAUUAUACACGUUUAGUUGAUUAUAAAAUUUAUAUUCGUUAUUGAUGCAAAAUGCUGCAUAAAUUGGCUAAACUUUUAGUUAGAGAGAUAGCGUAGGAUAACUGGUCCAAUUACCGGUGCUUUUAUAACGUUAGAAUAAAAAGUACAAGUUAAAUAGAAAGGCAAAAUUAAGUAGUAGUCGAGGAAGUAAGAUUCAGGACGUUAAUAUUGAAUUGACAAUGUUAAUAAGUAAUAAAUAUAUCUCGCUAUGUGCAUCGAUAAAAACAAUCGCGUAUGAAAGUUCGGUAUGAAGAAUACAUACGAAGCACAUACGAUUCUCAUUAUACGACACGGAUGAACAACCGGCAAGCGAGAGCAGAGAGACGAAAGAUACCAUAGCGGCUAAGGAGUGGCGGGCUAAAUAUAAUUCGUAGAUCAGAAAACACGCACACACACGUACGUAGCUACAUAAUCCCCUGCCUAGAAACAAGUUUAGUCGCCUUUAAAACUAUACACUCUGUUAGAUACCAUUCGUUUUGGGGUUACGCUGGUGCAUAUGCCAGCUCUCUCUCUCUCUCUCUCUCUCUCUCUCUCUCUCUCUCUCUCUCUCUCUUUCUCUCUCUGCCCCCUUCCCUCUCCGUGCGGACUUUGCGCGUUUCCGCACUCGUUCCCGCAAGUGCGACAAACGGUCCGCGACCGCUGCAGUGACUUCGGUGCAACGCUGGUGUAUGUAUGUGCGUUUUACGCGCGUAGUAGCAACACGCGCCUCCGAUUACGCGUACCCGAUUUAUGUGCACCUACAAACACACAUCAAUGACGGUGUAUUUUGAUUAUGAUUGUGUUGUCACAUUAUUUUGAAAGAUUUUGUGUUUUAUUUGUGCAUCGCUCGAAACGCGCUUGAAAUUGAUAUCUUUGGAGAAAUGGGGUAUUUUAUGAAGAGCCAAAUCGAUGCUGCAUAGGGAAUCAUCCGCAACGAUUUAACGCAACGAGUUGCAAAGACAGAGAGGAGAAUUCUAUAUAUAGUGGAGAUGAACGAAGUACGACACGUUUUGACAGUUCUGAAGACUCCCGUGAAGAGCUCAACCUUAAACAGUGGCGUCACAAGUGUUGCAACGGCAACGUGGUACGACGUCCCUACGCCGAUUAUCGUGCAUUGCCGCGAGUUUGGCGAGGAGGCGGGACGCGACCUCAUCAAGAGCGACAAAACGAUGAGGAACCCUAAGAAUCAUAAUCCCUCCGCGAACGAUUUAGGAAUAAAUAGCUUGGUCGGAGAAAAUACAACCAAAGCCAAGUCCUUGGAGAGAGAGACGAAGGUCUGGUCCUCGGGGGACGUCGGAUGUUCGUCGGCCGAAUCUGACAAGAGGCUCGAGGUGUCCUCCUUCAUCGACAGCGUCGACAAGGCGCCGCCGCCGUCGCCGCCGUUAGACUGGGACCACGUGGAGAACACCGUCGCGAAUAGAUUGAAUCAAGUCAGCGUGAGCGUUAGGCCUCAACGCGGGCUCGAAGAAAGCUCGAAUUCUGAGUUUCGCGUUUCGAAUCAGAAAACUGAACGGAAUGGGAAGAGAUGCAGUAUUACGAUGGAACUGAACGCCACGACAACGGUGAUGAAGGAUGCCGAUGGAAUGCCGACCAUCAGUUUCAGUUUUUUGCGCGCCGAUGAAAAUUUUCACAACAACGACAACGACAACGACGACGAGAUCGUUAUUUUAGAGGUCGACACGAGCGAUCGAGCUGACUUUGAGUCGGGCAGUCAGCAGUUAUACGAUCUUCCUAAGAGCGCCAUUCUAGACGGUAGUCGAGCUUCCCUAGAACAAUCCAGUUGUGCGAAGGAAAUAAAUUCGAAUGAGUUGUCACUGGUAGUUAAUCGGCAGGAUCUUUACGACGUGUCUUUGAACAUGAACGAUUCGCGAGAGGCAGAAUUGGCCGGUCAUCUGUCGAUGUGCAAACUCGAGGAGCGAGAAAGUUCGCGCAAGAUCGCGAACAUGAUUGUUUCGCCCGAAAAGAUGAACCGACAGCGCGAUCGGAUGAAACGUUCCACCAGAUCGCUCAAAUCUGACAGAAGAAGCUGCUACGGUGCGUCGGACAGCGACGGCUACGACGCUGGCAUAGCGUCGAUGUCGGGUUCGUACUCGGAUCCGGAAUGCCCGAACUCGCCGGAGGAAGCGGCGUUGUCGGAGAGUGGCGGUUCAGACCGCAGCAAGCGACUGAGGCUGCAGAAGCGACGACUGGGCAAGGCUUGGGGCAGAAUGCGUAGCUGGUUGCGAGAGGAGAAAACCAGGAUUGGCCAAGUAGUCAACAGACACGCCAAGUUGCAAGCGGUCGGCGCGCUUACUCCUGAGGUACGAAGCAAUCGUGCCUCACUCGCGCGAACAUCCAAGAGCAAGCAGCGUGGCUUCUACGAUCUGACGCGAGCACGUGCUCAGGAGUCUGGCUCGAUCACCAGAGUGGAAGAAUUUGGUCUGUCGUCGGUGUCAGAGGAAGCGAACGUUUCUGAUGACAUGGAUAAAUCAGUGUCAGCUUCGCCCGAUUCGGAAAAGACGUCGGAGAACGGUGCGUGCAGAUUACGCGGCAAUUUACGAAAAAAGACGCCAAGUUCGGACGAUAUUUUGGAGACGAGCAGGACGAGAUUACAACUGUCAGGGUCUUUUAGCAUGGAUAAGCUAUGCUCACACCUGUCAGAAAACCACGAGACAAAGGUGACGACGGUGACGGCUACGAUAACGACAACGACGACAGUGACGACAUCGCCUACGCCGAUAGCGGGGACCAGCGGUGAUUCCGAAACGUCGAGAGAUCACGGUGGGAAAAGUGGUCUGAUUAAGAGGAGAAUGCUCGGGUCAAUCAGAGGAUUAAUGGCCUCGACUCAUCUGUUGCAGACCUACGAGUCUGACGAGGGAGGACAAGGUGGUUUCGAGGAUGUGCGAAGAUACGUCAAACAAGGAGGUGAUUUUUGCAAAGAAUUGGCAUCGAUUCUUCACGAAAGAGCCGAACUGGAAGCUACGUAUGCGAAAGGACUCAGCAAACUCAGUAGCAAGUUGACGAAGGCCUGCGCUAAGGAUCAAGGUGAUUGUGGUAAUAGCAACGGAGGUGUGAACGAGGCAUGGAGGUGUGUCGGCGAAGAGAUCGAAGCUGCAGCGGAAGCCCACCGGCUAUGGGGCAUCGCGUUAAGUGAACAACUCGCCAAACCACUCAGAGUGGGCGUAGCGGAGACGCAGGGUCGGUCGAGGAAGAGCAUCGAAAAUUCGGUGGAUAAGGCGUCCAAGUCGCUUCAAGAAUGGCGUGGAAUAGCGGCCAAAAGCAAAAAACAGAGCUUUACGUGCGCACGCGAGAACGAGAGGCUGCAGGAUCUGGCGCGGCUGCAAACCAUUAGUCAAAGCCAACAGAGUAACAACAGAUCGUCGUCGAGUCAUCACAUGACGGAGAAGGAAGCGAGCAAGCUGGAGUCCAGACGGAGAAAAGCCGAGGACUCGUCGCGCCGAGCCGACACCGAAUUCUACACGGUUAGCGUGAGGGCCGAAAGGGCUAGGCUGGAGUAUGAGAGCGCGAUGAGGAAAGGUGCCAAACAGAUGGAACUGCUCGAGGAGGAGCGAUUGAGUGCUCUCAAGGAUCUCGCCAACGUCUACUUGACGCACCUACAGGCGCUCGCGCCGCGACUGCAGCAGAACACCGAUCGCUUGCUAACGCCCGUGCGCAGCUGCAAUGUGUCGCAGGAUCUAGAGAUCCUGAAAAAUCUCGUACGCCGAAUGGAUGGUCACGAUGUGACGAAUCCGGAGCAAUUGCUGCCAGACUUCUACGCCGAGCACGUCACUCUGGCAAUGAACCGUGAACGUCGGAAGCAGGCGUUGGUCCGGGUGCUACAUUUGAUAAGACAAGAUCUCGAGAGAGAAAGACGAGGUAGAGAAGGCCUGGAAACAUUACAUCGAGCCUUUGUCAAGACUCCUGCAUUUGCGGCGGAUGAGAGUACGCAGAACGUGACGGAUAAACUGCAUCAUAUGCGUUCCAUGUUGCUGUAUUUGGAAGCAGCUAGAUACAAAGUCGGCGGUACGCUCGCCGAAGUGGAGGGCAGCAAACGGACCAAGCAUCCCUUGUCGGAGCAUAUCUUAGUCUCAAGAGACAAGCAGGGUUUGCAGCAAAGUGUUCUCAAGAUAAAGAUCGUGCAUUUUCUCUCCUUACAGAUUCCUUCUUGGGCAAAGAAUGAAUCUUUUGAGAUUCAGGACAGUGAUGAUGAACUCGAGAUGCGAUUGACCAAGGAUCAAGAUGCCGAGACUCGCGAUUGGGCUGAUCGAACCGCCGGUGACGGCAAUUCGGAGAAUCCACCGGAUGAAGACGAUUUUAGCGAUUUCGAUGAGUUUAGCAGUCACUCGGAAGACAACAAUAAUCAAAUUGAUGGUACAGAAGUAGUAACGGCCAAGACUGAACGCGCAGAACAAUGCCGAGCGAUCUAUCAAUACUCGGCGAAUCUAAAUGACGAGCUUAGUCUCAGUCCGGGAGACUUAAUAACUGUCCAUCAAAAGCAGCCAGACGGCUGGUGGAUAGGCGAGUGUAGAGGCCGUACUGGUAUAUUUCCCGCCACUUACGUCCAAGUUAUUCAUUAAUAACGCGUAUGAUUUCGUAUUGUAUCAUGGAUGUGCAUAUGCAUUACAGUACAAGUAUCCUUUUACAGGAGUUUCCAUCCGACUUGGUUAAAUAAGGUUAAAAAAGUUUUAUAAUGUGCCAAUAACGUUAUAAUACAUAUGUAACGACAUUCUUUAUAUGCACAAAUCGAAGUUAUUUCGAUCGCAAGCUCGUUCAAGUUUGUAUAAAAAUGACUUGAGAAUUAAUACCAAAUAGUAGUUACCACCAUAUCCGAUUCACAUAUAUAUAGUGCCAACAAAGUCUGGCGGAAAUAUGUUAAUGCUGUCGUUACUAUUUACGCUAUAUAUUUAUGUUCACUCUUACACUAUUAAUACUUGUUUAUGUACAAUAUACUAUUCUAAAAAAGAUCAGUGACAAAUGACGAUUCCUAGUCAUCGAAUUUUUAUUAAUUCUGGCAAUGCAUUUUACCUCAUUGUGCGUAUUAUCUAUUCUUUCCGAGAUGUACAUUACGAUAUGUUUGAAAAUUUAAUCGCGCAAUCUAACUUACUGAAAAUCCAGGUUACUUCUCUAGUAUAAAAUUAGGUUGGUACAUAUUUUUAAAAUUGGUGUACUUUCUUUUAUUUUCUGUCAUAAUAAUUACUUAUUUGCACUUAGUUUUAUUCUUGAAACAACUGUUUCAAGAAACAGUUUAUGCGAAAGGAUAAAACGGAUAUAUAAACAAAUGUAAAAAAUUGUGCAUAUAUAUAUGCAUGACACACACACACACACACACACACAUAUACACACGCGCGCGCGCGCGCGCGCCCGUAUAUGUAUGUUCAUACACAAUCAACUGUAAAUAUUCAACAUAAGAAAAUAUUUAAAUAUACUACCACAGUGCUCACAGCACUUUUAUUUAGAAA